GUUGUCAUGGUCGAGGCUUCUGGUAUUUUGUAGGAAGGAGUCAGGAAUUUUCUUAUCACUCCGUGUAUCCACACAAUUGCUUCUAAUGUGCUUAUAAUUUCCAUUGUCUUAUUUACAUCAGGCUCAUUGGGAGAGCCUCACAGAGAUAAUGAGAAUGGGUUUAUUUGUAAUCGUUGUUUGAUAUUUAAUCGCGUGUGUGCCAGUACUACGUUGCUACCGCGUUGUCAGAACGUCGUGAAAUUGUCGAUAAAUAGUCAUUGUCACCGUACACGGAAAUUUUCUCAACUUCUGAAUAAAAAAUUAUCACUCCACAUUUUUUAUCUCCUCUCGGAGAUGACGAGAUGUUUUGAUAUAAUUCUUCAUUGAUAACGAUUGUGGUUCAUUUUCUCAUUCACUUGAUGAAUAAAUCGGUAGAAGUACAAUUGAUCUGAAUACUGUCGACUAAAGAGAUGAUGGAGAAUGAGGAGAGCAAGGAGACAGUGCGGAGGAAGAAUGCGAAAUUCUACAUUAACAAAUACGUUCCAAUAACGAGAUGGCUGCCGAAAUACUCCAGGUUUUACGCAGUUUCUGACUUCAUCGCGGGAAUUUCUCUGGGCCUCACUAUGAUUCCGCAGAGUAUUGCCUAUGCCGGGCUGGCGCAUUUGACUCCGCAGUACGGCUUAUACUCUUCGUUCAUCGGUGGAUUCGUUUACAUUUUCUUCGGCACAAUCAAAGAAGUCUCGAUCGGCGCUACAUCGUUGAUGGCUCUCGUUACCGCUGAGUUCACCAGCACAAAAAAUCCAGAUUUUGUGGUGCUACUAUGUUUUUUAGCUGGCUGUGCUGAGCUUUGCAUGGGAAUUUUCAAUUUAGGUUUUCUAGUCGAUUUUAUAUCGAUACCAGUGACGUCUGGCUUCACCUCAGCCACAUCGGUCAUAAUCGUUAUUUCUCAACUCCCCGGAUUGGUCGGUGUUAAGAUUAAAUCAGAGAGCAUCAUACAUAUCCUAGUGCAACUGUUCGAAAAACGAUCGCUGAUUCGGUGGAACGAUACUGCACUGGGGGUCGCAUGUAUCCUAUUUCUGCUGGCAUUCCGAAAACUGAAGGAUAUACCGUGCGAUAGCAUCAAGCGUCGGAAUGAAUCAGGAGGGAUUAUACUCGAAAAAACCCUUUGGUUCCUCUCGAUCUCGCGCAAUGCGUUGAUCGUGGUGAUUACGUCUUGCAUCACCUUCAGAUAUCAUCAGAAUGGAGAGUAUAUAUUUAAAACUGCAGCCACUGUGAGGCCAGGUCUCCCCGAAUUCUCUCCACCUCCUUUUUCGACUCAACAUGAAAAUGUCACGUAUUCAUUCUCCGAAAUGUGUUCCCAUCUGGGCUCAGGGAUUAUCAUGGUUCCACUCAUUGCAGUUUUGGCUAAUGUUGCGAUAGCGAAAGCCUUUGUGCGCGAUCGUCCAGUGGAAGCAACUCAGGAAAUGCUGACCCUCGGUGUGUGCAACAUAGCAGGAAGUUUCUUCAGGUCGAUGCCGACCUGCGGAGCCUUCACCAGAAGUGCUGUGGGCAGUGCCAGUGGCAUCCAGACCCCCAUGGCUGGACUCUACUCCGGCAUCAUGACUCUCCUAGCCCUCAGUUUCCUCACACCCUACUUCGGAUUCAUUCCAAGAUCCACGUUAUCAGCUGUGCUCAUCGCUGCUGUUAUUUUCCUCAUCGACGUCAAGAUCAUGAAGGUCUUGUGGAGAGGCAACAAGAAAGAUCUGUUCAUCGCUGUGGGAACAUUCAUCAUCAGUAUUUUGCUCAAUGUGGAGACUGGAUUGUUGUUUGGAACUGUUGUUAAUGCUCUGUUCUUGCUUUAUCUUUCUGCGAGACCGACCGUUGAAGUUCAUUCGAAAAAGACCAUUUUAGACGACAAAUACAUCCUCGUUAAACCAGAAAUAGGCCUGUUUUACCCCGCAGUAUCAUUCCUGACGGCAAAAAUAAUCAAAGUAGCGUACCGUGAGGCGAAAGGAAUUUACCCAGUUGUUGUGGACUUUGAGAGGCUUCAGGGGAUAGAUUAUACCGCCACCAAAGGGAUUGAGAAUCUCAUCAACGCAUUUGAGGGAAAGUGUCAACUGUUGAUAUUUCUCCACGUCAGUCCUUACGUGGUCAAUUCAAUCGAGAAUUUUGGAGUAACGAAGAUCUAUUUCAUCGACUGCGAGGAUCACCUCCUCAACGUUUUCGCCAGUUUAAAGAGAAACAGGAAAGAGGAGGAGACUAUUGUCACGACAUUCAAGGAACUCCUCGAGAAAUCAGAAACUAAAGAGGCUGAAUCCCUUCCCGAGGCGGAAACCCUCCUCCCGAAUCCGAAUUCCAUCGCGAGAGCUAUUGAUUCCCCAACCCGAUGAGAAUUCUCUCCCCAGAAACAAGAGUAAAACCCCUGAAUCCUCUCGGACUGAACUACAGAGGAAACCCAAGACAAAUAAAUCUCUGUUAUCACCCCCUGGGGGUAACAAAGAACCCACAACACAAAUAAAAGAGUACUCCAGCUUUAAAACCCCCGCUCUCACCCCGAGAAAACUCCAUUCCAACUUCUUUAAUUAAAUUUAAAGUAAUUAGUUACAUACGUCGUGACAACUGCACAUGUUGUACCUCUGCCGCUGCUUCAUCUAGAUGGCUCUGAUGUUCACAACAUCAACCAAAAAUCUAGAAGAGACAUCACCAAAAAAAAAACAGUUGUUACAAAAUAAAAAUAAUAAAAUCGACGCAAAAAAAUUGAAAAACAUUCCGCAAAAAAUCGAAAACUAAUGGAUCAUUGAUUUCAGAGCACGUGACUGCUGAGAACUGCUCUCAAACAGCAAAUAUACAUUUUCCGAUGUGUAAACUCGAAUGAAUUAAUAAUAAAAAUGAAAAAUCUCCGUAUAGAAAAGAUCGAAA